UGGAACCGAUUGUUAAGAUUUUGGAGACUUGUGCUUGGUUUUUUUUUGCUAGUCUCGAAGUGAAACUAAAACAAAAGACGACGAAGAAGAACAAACCUUGUCGUCGCAUCAUUAUGAUAACAAAGUUGCGUAUAGAAUGAAGUGUGUGUACUACAAACUAAUCAAAUGCAAACAAACAGAGUGCAAACAAUCGCCACCCGCUUCAUGAUACCUUCUACAUAUGGAUGGAUGGAUGGCCGACAGAGAAGAAAAGAGGGUUGGAUCAUUGAUAAUGCUCGUGUGAAAUCCACUCCGCUAAAAUUACAUACGUCUACGUGUUUGAAAAUGGAAGUGAAGAAGAGCGACAUCAGAAUGACAUCAGAAGCUGAUAGCACGCGGCCAAGUGUUGAUUACAAGUGAAUUUUGCUCGAAAUGCUCGAACAGUUUGAAUGGCUGCGAUUCAUCGUUAAACAGUGACAAUUGAAAUUUCUUUUAGUGCUCGACAAAAGCCAAAAGUGAAAGUCGAAAAACAAUGCUGCUAGUGUGCUGGCGAAAAAGGACAAUCAAAACUCGCAUAAAAUAAACUGCCGAAGCGAGAUGUUAAUCGAGGACAGCAAAAUGUCGGAAGCUGAAGCAAUUCUGGAGGCCGACGAUCUCACGACGAUUCGCAUCUUCGUCGAUCGUGUUUCGGCCAUCAACGAGGAUCUGCUGAUCUGGGCCAUUAUCGAUGGUAUCCUGGUGGCCUGCAUACUGAGCGGCAACAUCCUCACCAUCCUGGCCGUGCGCUACCACCGGCGGUUGAGAUCGCUCAUUUCCAAUCUGUUCGUGCUGUCGCUGGCCCUGUCGGACAUUUUCGUCGGUCUGACGCUGCCCUACCAUCUGGCGUUCUACAUGGGAAACGAACUGGGCCGCUACAAGCACUUUUGCUUGCUGCGCUUCUUCAUACUGAUCGUCGCAUGCAGCGUGUCGAUUUGGAAUCUGAUUGCGAUCGCUGUGGACCGGUACAUCGCCAUCUGUUACCCGCUGCACUACACGCGUUUGAUGACGAAACGUGCUGCCCUGUCGAUACUGGGCUUCGGCUGGCUGCUCGCCUUUACCCUCGGCAUGAUACCGGUCAUUUGGAACCGAUGGGAAACGGCCAUGGAGUGCGAAUUCGACGAGCUGCUGUAUCCCUGGUACGUGGCCGGCGUGAUAACGCCCAUCUUCUCGAUCGUCUGGCUCUGUUUGCUCGUCGUUUACUGGCGAAUCUGGCGCGAGGCCGCAAAACAUGCAAAACAACUGCGGGCCCACAACGCACGCGAGGGCAGCUCCGAUUGGAAGUCCGUUCAGGUUGUUCUUCUUAUAAUGGGUUGUUUCACCAUCUGCUGGUUUCCGUAUUUUGUCGUUGUGGUGACGCAAAUUUUCGUAUUCUUCGAGGAGAACUCCGCGAUGCUGUACAAGGCAGCAUUUUCCCUGGCAAUGGCUAAUUCGAUGAUGAAUCCAAUCAUCUACGCGUGGAAAAAUUCCCACUUUCGGCAGGCUUUCUCCAAACUGUUGACCUGUCGGAAGCCGGAUAAUUACGAAGGAGGUACCCACACCAUGGAUAGCCAUAGAGGACAAUCUUCACGGCGAAUCGAUGAGUCACGUUCACAUCACGUUAACAACAACAGCCAAAUUUCUCCCACGAGAGGUUCUUUACCCACAUUGAAUGAUCAUGAAAUAACGGUCAUAUCCACGAUCCCCGCUGAAGACGCCCUUCAGAAUCACACCAUACAGUUUGCUUUGAGUGGAAUCAAUGGCAAUCCUACAGCCGGUCCAACGAACAUCAAAACACGCAUCAUCAAAGGUAACGUCAUAAUCAACAACUACAAUGUUUACGAGGGCUUCCAGGAUUUACGGCGGAGUGAACCGGUGUCGAUCAGAAGCGAUGGCGGAAGGAAUCUGCCGGAUGGCUCGGACGACGGUAGUCGUCACAGGAAAUUUACGGAUCACGACUGCGAUUCCGCCGCUCCAGCACAAAAUGGAUUUAACAAUCCGAGCUUCGUCGCGGAUGUGACCCGAUUUUGAGCGAAGCGAAAGCAAAGUAUUCAAUAAAUGAGUAU